AUGUUUCAAUGUUCAAUUGACGCGCCACCUCCUCCCACUGUGCGUGGUGCAGAGCGUCUCAGUGGCCGCCUGCGUGAUGAGCAGACACGACCUAUGCGCACGUCACCGUAUCCCCUCCCAGGAUUACGCAAAGUGUCAGUUUUUGGCCCCCGCCGUAUUGACGAAGGUUACCGUGGCCAGUGGCAGAACACUGGCGUUAUCUAUGCUGGAGCAGAUAAGAACGUUGCACCGAAACGCCCAACUGCCAGAGAUCUUCCGCCCAUACUGUUGCCUCCAUUGGAUAUCACCGUCCCUGGUCCACAGCAGCCCACCCCAGCUCACCCUCAUAAUGACAGCGGUUCUUCCGGUCCACAGCAGCCCACCCUACCACACUCCCACCCAAUCCAGUCUAGCAAUGCAACACACUCUCAUAACGAUACCGGAUCUUUGGACGCUGUUCCCCCCCAGCAGCAAGAGCCUAUGCCCGUGCCUGCCGACCUGGUCAAUGAGAUCAGCAAUAGCGCGAGGUCAAAAAUGCGACGUUCAGUACUUUCAGACAAUGGCAUGCCCACGAACGAGGAGAAUAUUGCAAUGGCGCGCGCUGCGCUAUCAAACGCUAUUGCAACUCACGCAACUAUUCCCCCUGGCCGAUACUACCUCCCAGACGAGGAUAAAUUCAUUACCUCGCUCACCAAAAUCACGAACACCCUGCGAAAUGUAUUCAAAAAUACUGCACGCACUGUCGUACUGUCUGCCUAUGACCUCGAGCUUGACAUAUGGGAUACAUCUUGCGAAAUCACACACAAGCGAAACAUCGUGCCUAUGCUCACCACACAUUUACAGUGUUUAUUCAAAAUGCAAGAAAUGACGAUUGGUGGUGUUUUGAAAAAUGUUCCAGUGCUCGAACACACUGGACUCAUCCGCGUUGUCAUGGAUAUUCUUUGGGUCAAUGGCUUUUACAAAGACCUUGAUCUCCAAGAUCUUCAAUCUCUUGAUGGCGCCAUUGCCCUCGCAGGUGCCGCAAUUUGUUCGGCCAUUCAAGAAUACGAGAUGGGGGUUUGGAAACGCAUUGAUUUUUCUACAGCGAAGUCAAAGUCGACAUAUACAUCUAUUAAGACGUAUAUGACAGAGACGAUUUACACAUGCGUUGAGCUUACAGAGCGUUUCCACUGGAUCAAGGUGAAUAUGAAAAACCGUGGAGUAUCGAGGACGGGCAUUGUACUGUAG